AUGGAAGUAGCACCAAUUUUACAGCCAUGCAACAACAAUCAUCACCAUCCGGAGAGCAACUCGAGCACGAAUUCACCGGCCCGAGACCAAAACGAGCCGAUCUUGCUGGAUCUGACCCUGUCGGCCCAAGAUCCGGCCCAUCCCAAUAAAGGCCCACCGAGCGAGAUUGAGAAUCACGCUCCCGAAAGUCGCGUCUUCUCUUGCAACUACUGCAACCGCAAAUUCUACAGCUCCCAGGCACUGGGCGGCCACCAGAACGCCCACAAGCGCGAGCGGACCAUCGCCCGACGCGGCCAGCGUGCCCCCGGCGGGGGCGGCGGCGGCGCCGCCGCAUACGCGGCGGAGCAGAGGUUUCCGAGCAUGGCGUCCCUGCCGCUGCAUGGGUCCAUCGCGGCCAGUAGGUCGCUCGGGAUACAGGUCCACUCAAUGAUCCAUAAGCCGGGUUUUUCGUCGGGUUAUUACGGGGCGGUCGGUUACGGGUAUCCGGGUUGGGCGAGGAAGCCGAUGGAUCAGCAGCCGGCGGUGGGCCGGCUGGAGGUGCCGGAGGCGUCUUCGGGGGGCGGUGGUUGGAGAUUCCCGGCGGCGGCGGAUGGGGCACGCGAAGGGUUGUUCAGAUCGUCGUGUGAUGGUGGGUCCCGCUUGAAGAAUAUUAGUGCUAAUAAUAAUAAUUGUGGUAAUAAUCAAGAGGAGGUCAAAAAAUUGGAUUUGUCUCNUGCCUAUUUAAUCGUUGAUUGGAACUUAUUGACCAUUAUGGCUCGAUUACAUGGAGUUCUACAUGUGUUGGACUGA